AUGCUAGAAUGCCUCAACGGGUCCACCACACCCGCAACUGAUGAUGAUAGUGCUGAUGGUGGCGAUGCUGAUACUGGUGGUAGUGGUGGUGAUACUGGUGAUGCUGGUGGGGGUGUUGGUGGUGGUGUGGCUCAAAGGGUGUUACUCUUGCUCCCUCUGCCUUCCUUCUUCCUUCGACGUUGUUCGGUCAGUUCGGCAACUCCGCCUUUUCAAUCCGACUGUGCUCCACGUUUGGUUCUCACUUCACUCUUUUCAAUAAUUUAUUAA